AUGGUCCCUGUUGAUGAUCACCACAUCCUUUCCCAGUUUGAAGACCCCGAGAGAAAGGUUCUCAUUUCAUGCAUCCUCGAAAGCGAUCUGGAAAGAUUGAGGAAGGUAACACGAUGCGGUACCACGAUGCAAAUAUCUUGCUUUGUGAUUCUCAGACAUCCAGGUACUUCGCGAGUUGUAUCCACUCCCCAAACCGUGCAAGGACUUGCACGGUCGGCUGCCCUGAAGAUUACCUUCAAGUCCACCUACAGCUAUGAUGUGGCUGGGAUUUAUCUGCUUCACCCCGGGGCUGGGAAAUUGCAGUUCAACAAGGCUGGUGACGAACGACACUUGGCUACCCUGGAGAAACCCAUCGACGCCCUUUCUCAGGAGCUUUCCGUGUCCUCUUCCGCUGCAACUUCCUGCCCUGUCUCCCCAGGUAGUACUUUGCCGCAGCUUGAGGCAGACCCCAAAUCAAAGCGGGAUAUGGAGCAAUGCUUGUUGACCAAGCGUGGAUUGCUUACUAUACAGACAGCGCAUAUUGUGCCAAACAAGCCGAAUCUAACCAGCAAAGCCUACCUCAUUUAG